UGCUGCAUUGGCUUACCGCGACCGGUCGUGACUGUAUCGCUGUUACGUAUUUCGUUCGCGAUCAGUGAUUAAGCUUUAAUUUAAAGUUUAACAUUUUUAUAUUUCGUGUGUUUAGUUUAAUAACCGACGAUGAAAUCUAAAACGAUUAUUAAUAUAUAUAUUAUUUCAUUAUAUAUUUAAAUUUCGGUCGUAAAUUUUUAAGAACUGAUAUUUUAUCGCUAUUUUAUAACCCAAUCGAGUUUGUGUGCAAGUUAAAUGUGUUWACGAGGACACACCUGCGGCCGUAGCAGCAGCAGCAAUAGUUCCUGUUUCGUCCCUGGUUGUUGCACGCGUUGCGUCCGUUACGCGCGUAACCGGCCAUACCCUAAAAAAUAUUUUAAUAAUAACGAAAACCGACGCCCAUUCRCGCACGUACUUCAAUCAUAAAAAAUAAUAGUAAUAAUAUUAUAUCAACAUAUCAUUAUCAUAUAAAUACAAAAAUUGCGUUGCGCAUGUGUUGUGUUUGAGAAAGCUAUACUCUAAAGGCCAAAAAUAAAAACUGACUACGUCAACGAAAUAAUAUGUACGGCGGUAAAAAACGACGGUUUMUCCUCUGCCGCCGCCGCCACCGAUACAGUCAUACACUACGUCCACCGCACGUUCUGAACACCGAUCGCGCGGCGUCGGUGGUGUACUCGUGCGACUCGCACCGCCGCCAAAGCGGCCACGAUGUUGGCCAGCGCGCUUGACCGCGUGCUGCCCGGCCGCCGGUCGUCAUACCUGCACCAGGUGAACGUGGAACGGCGCCCCCGACCGUCGCCGCCGCAGCUCCGACCUCACAGUUACCACGGCGGCGGUGCGGUGACUGAGUGUCAACGCCGCGACGGUUUGAGGACAAGUGGACGAAAGUUGGCCGCCAAGUUUUGGUCGUCGUGCGGGUCGUCCCGAUCAUCGGCGGUGGUGGGCGGAUGCAACCCCACGGAACCAGCGGCCGUGCGCAAACGGGCGGCCGCMGCGGCCAUGACCACCUGCAACAACGGAGGAUUCUCGAACGUUUCGCACACGUGGCGUUUCAAGCGGUUAAGUCAUGGUAGCAAAACGCCGGUGGUGGAACCGUCGGCCAAAUCAACGGAAAUGGCUGAAAGCGGCAGCGGAGCCGCAAUGGUUCCAGCUGCCAAAACUGGAUCGAUCAAAGUACACUUGCCCAACAACGGAUUUAAUAUUGUAAAGUUCAUUGACAACAUUAAUGUCAAGGGUAUCAUAUCUCUAGUCACUGGACGUUUAGCCAAUGGGUGUCUACAGUAUCAAGGCGUUUACGGAUUGCAGCUGUACCAUCCGUUAUCUGGCGAGGUUCACUGGUUACAUCAGGAUUGUACAAUGUCCGAGAUUUACCAGAAGUACGACGAACAGUAUCCAAUGUCUGAAUGGAGGUUCGAGCUACGCGUACGGUACUCGCCCGAAGACUUGGAGGACCUAUAUGACCRAGACCGGUUUACGUAUUUCUUCUAUUAUGAUCAAGUACGGUUCGAUUAUUUGAAAAAAAACGAUCCAGCAACCCGAGUGGACACGGAGAUGGCUGUACAACUCUGUUGUCUACAAAUAAAAUGUUUUUUCCGAGAAGUGCCUCAAAUGUCGUUGGAAAAGAAAUCCAAUUUGGAGUAUCUGGAACGUGAAAUCGGACUCAACAAAUUUCUGCCUUACUAUAUACUAGAAUCUACGAAACCAAAGAAUUUACGAAAAAUGAUUCAGCAACAGUAUAAAAAACUUUCGCAAACGCCCGAAAAAGAAUGCGUACUACAAUUUCUCAACCUCGUUUGGUCGUUUUAUAAGUACGACGAGGAACAGUUCAAGUGUUCAAUCGGAUCUGGUUGGACGAUACCGGUGGAUUUAGUGAUCGGACCGCGACACGGUAUUUCUUACAUAAAUAACCAGGGGUCGGCGCCUACUAAAAUGGCGGAUUUCGCUCACAUCGAAAACAUACAGACACUGGUAUCCGAAUGCGAAACACACCGUAAAACCUUGGUGCAGCUCCAAGUGACCGAUUCGGCCGAUCCUCUGGUACUCAGCUGUUCGACGCUCGAGCACAUGUACAGCCUGGCUAAUCUGAUUGACGGUUACUGCCAACUGGCUAGGAAAACGAACAUUUCGUUGUGGAAUAAAAAAGCUGCUAUAUGGAACCGUUUUCCAUGUCCGUGCAAUUCUAAAGACUCUGGAAAAAUCAAAACCAAAGCGCCCUCAAGAUUUUCUGACGAUUAUCCUGACGACGGUCCCAUCGAAGAAGAAGGCGAUUACUCAACUCUUGCUAAUUGUAAUUAUGAGCUGUUCCGCGACCAGGUUGAAUUGGGUGAAAUCAUAGGAGAAGGUCAAUUUGGCGAUGUACACAAAGGAAUAUGUCACAUGCGUUCAAUUAAAAAUAAACCGGGAAAUGAUGUAGCAGUGGCCAUAAAAACGUGUAAGCCUGAUGCGGACAUGGCGACAACUGACAAAUUUUUGGAAGAAGCGUACAUUAUGCAACAGUUCGAUCACCCGCACAUCAUACGACUGAUCGGAGUUUGUUGUUCACCACCCGUGUGGAUAGUCAUGGAAUUGGCCAAGCUAGGCGAGUUACGGGCAUAUUUGCAGAACAACCAGGCCCACUUGGACUUAGCCACUCUCAUCCUGUAUUCGUAUCAACUUUCCACAGCUCUGUCAUAUCUAGAAUCUAAGAAAUUUGUUCACAGAGACAUAGCUGCCCGAAACGUACUAGUGUCAUCACACCACUGCGUGAAGCUUGCCGAUUUUGGUUUGUCGCGGUGGGUCCAAGACCAAAGUUAUUACAAGGCAUCAAAGGGCAAACUGCCGAUCAAAUGGAUGUCACCGGAGUCAAUCAAUUUCCGGCGGUUCACCGCGGCCAGCGACGUUUGGAUGUUCGGCGUGUGCAUGUGGGAGAUAUUGAUGAUGGGCGUGAAACCGUUCCAAGGCAUCAAGAACAAUGACGUAAUUGGCAAAAUCGAAAACGGCGAGCGGCUGGCGUUGCCGCCCAAAUGUCCCCCAAGACUGUACAGUCUCAUGUCGCAGUGUUGGUCGUUCGAGCCCAGCAAGAGGCCCACAUUCAGAGAUGUCAAAGAAGUGCUCAAUGAGAUAUUGAUCGAAGAGAGACACCAGCAGAAGGAAACGCUCCGGAGAGAAAAUCGCAGAGUGCACACUCUGUCUUGGGGAUCCAGCGGCUCUCUUGACGACCCAUCUGCGCCACCCAAACCUUCUCGUCAGCCGAGCGUGGACAUGCACAACAAUAAGUCCGAGCUGCCCGUGUCCACGUACAUAGUGGCGCAAAACGCUGAGGUGCUCGCCCACCUGUUGAAGGAGAACGAGCAACGGGGCGUCGUCAACCCAUCCGUGUACACGACCCCGGCAACCGGAUUCAACACGGUAACCGUAGAUUUCCUUAAUGACGUCGACGACGACAAAACCAUUUCGGCCGGGAACAGUAUACUGAGCAUGGACUCUGUGGGACUUAUCCCGAUGGACGGUGGCAGUGGUGGUGGUGUCGCCGUCCAGCCGUCCACUAACAAGACGUUGCCUAGGAACUUUACUUCGGGGGCAGCUUCGCUACUAACGCUUCCGCCAAACUCGGCGGACAAAAGCAGGCGAUGUUCAGACGGCAGUCUGGGCACGUGCGCUGCCGCCGCUGCUGCUGYCGCUACAGCGGCGACCGGUGGAGGAAUGAAUAACGAUGAGGGAGCCAAACAUUUUGCAAACAACUCGAUCGGUGUGUAUGAUAACGAACCUUUAUCUGAAGUUGAACAGCUGGAACGCAAGCUAAGACAACAACAAAUUGAGUCUGAAAGRGACAAUAUAUGGCUGGCUGAAGAAGAGACAAACUUAAAAAAGCGGCUGUCUUUAGUAGCCAGUGUGUCAGACAAUGAAUCUAUUGAUGGUAGAUCAUCGUUGACACCUCCUUCUUCCCUAGAUCGAAGUACUAAAACAAAACCUACAGAAGACCGGGUUGUUGUAAUUAAGAAACUHGAACCCACGCCAACAGCCGAUUUGGACAGAACUCAUGAUAAAGUAUAUGAGUGUACCACACUAGUUGUCAAGGCUGUUAUGACCCUUUCACAAGGGGUUCAACAAAAUCAGACUGAUCGAUAUUUGGAACUAGUCAAGGAGGUUGGUCUCCAACUCAGAGCUUUAUUGACAAGUGUUGAUAGCCUGGUACCAUAUUUCCCUCAAAGUGCUCACAAACAGGUGGAAAUGGCACAUAAAGUUCUCAGCAAAGACAUGGCCGAGCUAGUCAACGCCAUGAAACUAGCUCAAAAUUACUGUCACACUGCUGUUGAUUAUUUGUAUAGCAAAGAAAUGUUGUCWUCGGGCCAUAUUUUGGCUAUGGAUGCCAAAAACCUGUUAGACGUUGUUGACUCUGUGCGCAUGCAAUAUCCUGAAGUGGAAGCAAUGAUUAGUCAUCAGUCUGAGACAGCCAAAGAACAACCUCAUGGUGUAGCGGCUUCAUAGUAGUAUAUUUUAUAGUAUGCAUUCCUAAUUCAUUACGCAUCUAUCAUACACCAAUAUUAUUGCAAUUAUUUAUUAUUWUUUUUUUUUUAUGUAAUAAUUAAUCGACUGCCUAGUAACUUUAUU